CCAAAGACAUGGUGCGUUAUAAAGAUGUGGUGGACGCGAGUAAGGAAGGCCCAGCGUGUCCCCUGCCCAUCCAGUGGUCCGGGCCAGAGUACUACGUCGAUGAGGACUGCCUAACCAUCAAUGUGUACACGCCUAGUAACAAAGUAGAUAAGCCCCUGCCGGUGAUCUUCUUCAUCCACGCCGGUGGUUUCUACUCGAUGACGGGCCGCAGUGACUUAGCCGGUCCCCACUACCUAUUGGACAGGGACGUCGUGUUCGUCGCCAUCAAUUACCGACUUGCUUCUUUAGGUUUCCUUAGUGCUGGUGAUAAAUACGCGCCAGGCAACAACGGCUUCAAAGACCAGGUGUCCGCGCUCCGCUGGGUGCAGAGGAACAUCGCAGCGUUUGGGGGCGACCCCAACCUCGUCACUAUCACUGGCUGCAGCGCUGGUUCCAUCAGUGUCAUGCUGCAUAUGAUAUCACCCAUGUCUAAAGGUCUCUUCCACAGGGGUAUAUCAAUGAGUGCCUCUCCAGUCUCCAAGGCGCCUACACCCAAACAUCAGUUCCAUCUCGCCAAACAACAGGCCGAGAUUCUCAACUGCCCCACUAAUAGCACUAAAGCUAUCUUAGACUGCCUGAACACUAAGACUUGGAGGGAACUUGGAAACUCACUCACAGGGUUCUUUGACAGCGCCGGAGACCCUAUUGGUCUGUGGGGCGCGGUGGUGGAGCAGGAUUUCGGUCAGGAGCGGUUCCUUACCAUGCAGCCGCUGGACGCCAUCCGCCAGGGGAAGAUGCACACUGUCCCCUACAUCAUCAGCCAGACCAAGCACGAGUUCUUUUGGAAAGCAUACUCCAUCCUGCAGAACCAAACCCUGACCGACAGAAUGAACUCGCAAUUCGAGCAAGCUGCUCCAUUCUCUUUCCUACUGCCAGAGGAAAACAUCCAGACGGUCGCGAAGACAUUAAAGGAGAAGUACCUCCAGAACAAACCGCUGGUCAACGAUGAAGCCAGCGCUAAAAACCUCGGGACACUGUAUGGAGACUCUGUUGUUGGAUUUGGGGUGCACAGAUUAGCAAACCUAAUGUGUCUCCAUUCGAAGCACCCUGUGUAUUACUACCAGUUCAGCUACAUUGGCAACAACAGCCACUACCAGGAUCCGAAGACUGGAAAACCGUUAGGUGCUGCUCACCACGACGACAUGAUCUACGUGUUCUCUCUCAGCUACCAAUUCCCUCUGAUUGAGACCUCCAGCCCCCACUCUCACAAGGUGGACGAGUUGACCGCCAUUUGGUACAACUUCGCCAGAUACGGGGACCCUAACCCGCGACCUGACACGCCCGAGCUGGGCUCAUUAUCCUGGCCGGUCAUGAAGCCUGACCAGAGGAAGUAUUUGGACUUUGGAGACAAGCUGACGAUCCAGGAGAACAUGUCUGAAGACCGAUUUAAAAUAUGGGAGGAACUUUAUCCCAUCAUAUAUUAAAUAGGUUUUUUUAAAUGCGACUUUUUUUUUAUAAAUUAUGAUUGUGUGAUAAUAUUGUGGUAAUUAAAUAAAUAAUUUAAUCUGAAA